AUGUCAUCAAGUGCUGGGCAACAACAAAUCAAAACGUUAAAGGUAUUAGGUGAAGAUGUCUGGAAAAAUAAAGUUGAGAAGAUCAAUUCUGAAUUGUUUACUUUGACUUAUGGUACAAUCGUAUCACAACUUUGUCAAGACUACGACCGUGACUUUGAAAAAAUUAACGACGAAUUAUAUAAAAUGGGAUACAACAUUGGAGUAAGAAUAAUUGAGGAUUUCUUAGCUAGAACCGCUUUACCACGUUGUACAGACUUCAACACAACCAGUGAAGUGAUCAGUAAAGUGGCAUUCAAGGUAUUCCUGAAUUUAACGCCGACUAUUGCUAAUUGGUCACAAUCUAAUGACGCCUUUAGCUUGAUUAUUUCUGAUAACCCACUGUCAGAUUUUGUAGAGUUACCAAUUGAUGCAAUGAAAAGUCUGUGGUAUUCCAAUGUAUACUGUGGAGUUUUGAAAGGUGCUCUAGAAAUGGUACAAUUAGAUUGCGAUGUUUCAUUCGUGAGUGACAUUUUAAGAGGUGAUAAUCAAACAGAAUUGAGAAUUAAACUAAAUAAAGUCUUAAAAGACGAAAUUCCUGUCAUCGAAGACUAA